AUGGCUUGGAUAAACAUCGUUGUGUUAACUACUUGUCACCUUGUGAUUGGGCUUCUCUCCAGUUCUUUAACCGAGUCCUCAGCUCCAACUAAUGAAUGCCCCCAACUCUGUGUUUGUGAAAUUCGACCAUGGUUUACUCCACAGUCUACUUACCGUGAAGCCACAACUGUGGACUGCAAUGACCUUCGCUUGACCCGGAUUCCAGAAAAUCUUUCUGCAGAUACCCAGGUGCUUUUACUUCAAAGCAACAACAUAGCAAGGACUACUGGAGAGCUUCAGAGGCUUGUGAAUCUUACAGAACUCGACCUGUCUCAGAAUAACUUUACCUCCAUCCAGGAUGUUGGGCUGUCCAAUCUUAGCCACCUUACAACUUUGCACUUGGAGGAAAACCAAGUGUUUGAGAUGACUGAUUAUUGUCUACAGGACCUGAGCAACCUGCAAGAGCUUUAUAUAAAUCACAACCAGCUCAGCUCCAUCUCACCUAGUGCCUUCUCUGGGCUUCACAAUUUGCUCAGGCUACACCUUAACUCAAACAAGCUACGAAUUAUUGACAGCCGCUGGUUUGAAUCCACUCCUAACUUAGAGAUCCUUAUGAUUGGAGAGAACCCUGUAAUUGGCAUAUUGGACUUAAAUUUCCAACCUCUUGGGAACCUGCGAAGUCUGGUGCUGGCUGGUAUGUACCUAAGUGACAUUCCAGGGAAUGCCCUUCUUGGUCUGGAUAACCUAGAGAGCCUUUCAUUUUAUGACAACAAGUUAGGACAAGUUCCUCAGAUGGCUCUACAAAAAGUGCCAAACCUCAAGUUCUUGGACCUCAAUAAGAACCCGAUCCGAAAGGUUCAGGAAGGUGACUUCAAAAACAUGCUGCGCUUAAAAGAGCUGGGAAUCAACAACAUGGCAGAGCUUGUGUCUCUGGAUCGCUAUGCAUUGGACAAUCUUCCUGAGCUGACCAAGCUGGAAGCUACUAAUAACCCCAAACUCUCCUAUAUCCACCGAUCUGCCUUUCGCAAUGUGCCUACGCUAGAGAGUUUGAUGCUAAACAAUAAUGCACUCAAUUCUGUGUAUCGCGGGACUGUUGAGUCUCUUCCCAACUUAAGAGAAAUCAGUGUACACACCAACCCACUUCGCUGUGACUGUGUUCUACACUGGAUGGGUUCCAACCAAACUAACAUUCGUUUCAUGGAGCCACUUUCCAUGUUCUGUGCACUUCCCCCAGAAUAUCGUGGACAACCAGUGAAGGAGGCACUAGCCCAAGACCCUGCAGGGGAACAAUGUCUUCCUAUGAUUUCUCAAGAUACAUUCCCCAGCCAUCUGAACCUAGACCUCGGAAUGGCUGUUUCUCUUGACUGUCGGGCAAUGGCAGAGCCAGAACCGGAAAUCUACUGGGUGACUCCAUUAGGACAUAAGGUCACCAAGGAAACUCUCUCUGACAAGUACCACCUAAGUGAUGAGGGUACAUUGCAAAUUUCCAGUGUACAAGUUGAAGAUUCUGGGCGUUAUACAUGUGUGGCACAAAAUUCGGAAGGGGCAGACACCAGGGUAGCCACACUUAGAGUAAAUGGAACAUUAUUAGAUGGGACCCAGGCCCUUAGAUUGUAUGUACAACAGACUGAAUCCAGCUCAGUCUUGGUAUCCUGGAAGGUGAGCUCUAGUGUUUUAGCUUCAAACCUGAAGUGGUCUUCGGCCACUAUGAAGAUCGAUAACCCACACAUCACUUACACAGCCCGUGUCCCAGCUGACGUUCAUGAAUACAACUUGACCCAUCUCCAGCCAGCCACAGAAUAUGAAGUGUGCCUGACUGUGUCAGGCCUACAUCAGCAAGCUCAGCGUGCCUGCCUCAAUGUCACCACCAAGGGCACGACCUACUCUUUGACUGUUACUGACCAGGAAACAAGUGCUGCCUUGGCUGCUGUAAUGGGUUCACUCUUCGCCCUUAUUAGUUUUGCCUCUGUGUCUGUUUAUGCAGCCAAAAGGUUCCAGAGGAAAAACUAUCGCCAUUCUUUGAAGAAGUAUAUGCAAAAAACAUCAUCUAUUCCACUGAAUGAACUUUAUCCACCCCUCAUCAGUCUGUGGGAAGGAGACAAUGAGAAGGACAAGGAAGGGGCAGUAGAAGCUAAAGCUUCCCAAGUGGACACCUCACGGAGCUAUUACAUGUGGUAA